AUGGGAGGCAAACUGAGCAAGAAGAAGAAGGGCUACAACGUCAACGACGACAAGGCCAAAGAGCAGGACGCCAAGGCGGCCGAAGGGACGGCGCCUGACGACGACCAGGCCACCAAGGACGGCAAAGACGGCCCCGCCGCCGUCCCCGCCGAGUCUAACGACGUGGCGCCCGCCGGCGCCAAAGAGCCGGAAAAGGAGGCCGACGCCGAGCCCAAGACGGACGGCGAGGCCAAGGAGACCCCGGCGGCCGCCGCCCCCCCCAAGGAGGCCCCCGCCGUCAAAGAUGAGGCCGAUGCCAAAAAGACUGAGGCCCCCAAAGCUGAGGCGGAGCCCCCCAAACCGACGGCGGCCCCCGAGGCCCCACCUAAAGACGCCAGCGAGGCCCCAAAUAAGGAUCAAAGCAAAGAUCAAAGCGUCGUUGCUCAAGAAUGA